UUAUAAUGUAUUUAUUGUACACACGCGCAGAGGUCCCGGUACACGCACACGUACACUCAUGAUGGAAACAAAGACGUUGCCAUCUGGCAUUCUCACUCUCACUGCUCACGGCACGUGAUGGACACCUAGGUUUGCACACCACUGAUCGAUAUCGACGCAUGCGCACUGCACAUGUGACCCGCCAUGGCAGUCCUCUCUACACCUGUCUGUCUGUCUGUCUGUCGGUUCAUCUACGUCUCGCCCUCCUCCUCGUCCUUCUUGUCCUCCAGCAGCCGCACUAUCUCGUCUAUCGUGUCAAACUGACACACACACACGCACGGAGACACACACACGGAUGUAGGGCUGUCGUGUGUAUCUGUGUGUGUGUGUACCUGUCGGUCGAAUUUGGUGUUGUAGAGGAAUGGCCUGUGGUCGAAUCGGUUGUCGUCGGGCGAGUAGCUCUCGGCGUGGUACGCCGGCGUCAACGUCGUCAUCUUGUGCCGAUUCUCAGCGUACUUGACGAAGAAACGCUUCACCUACACACACACACACACAUUCCUCCCUCCCUCCCUGUCUGUCUGUCUGUCUGUGCGUCAGCUGACCUUCUCUGCGGUGACCCUGGGGCUGUGCUGGGUCCAGUGGUGCAUGAGCUGUCUGAACAUGGAUACGGGGCCGCACCUCUGUAGCUUGCGCAGACGGCCGAACCAGCCGAGCUCCUCGUAGGUCAUGCCCAUGUCGACCUCGUCCUGCUGUGUGUGGUUCUCCAGAGACGCGUCGCCGAUCGGGCGGAGCUCAGCUGUCGGGGGGGCCGCUACCACCUGCACCACACACACACACGCAGGAGCACACACACACACACACACAUGGAAAAGGUGUGUGAGGGUGCGUGUGUGUGGUGUGGUACCUCCUUGAGGGCUGGGUAGUUCAGGUUAUCCGCCGCCCAAUACUGAUUGAUCGGCACACAAAGGCGUGUGUGUGUGUGUGUUGGUGCGUAUGGACUGGACGUACGAGGAAUUCUUUGAGGUCGACUUUGGAGAUGGCCCCGAUGGGGUUGAUGUCACCGCUGGAGCAGUCGUACUUGGUCAGAUAACCUCGCAGACCCUCGUCCACAUUCCCUGACCACACACACACACACACACACACAAACCAAGCCACACACAUGUCUGUGUGUGUGUGUGUGUGUGUGCGCGAGGGGGGUACCUGUGGCGAGCACUAGGAGCCAUCCCUUGAAGCCCCUCACCCACGGCAGCAGCGCCGCCAACAUGUACGCCAGCACCAUACGGGUACGCGCCUGGAUAUUCUGCACCACACACGCGCACACACAAAGGACACACACAGUAUGUGUGUCUCUGCAGCCACCCAGCGCACAACGGACAACGGACAACGCACCUGCAGGGCGAGAUCUUCGCCAGGCGACCCCCCAUCACAGGCAAAUCUGAGCGUCUUGCCGGUGACCGUCUUGAACACCGCCUCGAGCGCCUUGGUGAUGGGGUCAAUGGUGGCGUCCAUGUGGUAGGCGCCUAUCUCCUCGGCGAGUGCCUUGGCGAGGCCGUGUGUCUUCUGCGAGGAGUUGACGGUGCCCAUGUAGGUGGUGUGCAGCAGCUGGUGGGCGAGCUCCUGGUGGGACCGGGGGAAGCUGUCCGGGUGUUUGCAGUGCAGCACCUGCUCCACCUGACCAAUCACCUCCUCAGAACCUGUUUAAAGCAUCCAUCACACAGCCAGAGGAAGGGCCAACCCUAAGAGCCCAUUGCGCGUGUGUGAUAUUGUGUGUGUGUGUUUUUUUUUUCCGCACGGUCGUCGAUGCAUUUCCUCAUGACGAUCUGGCACAUGGACCCCACAAUGGCCGCCACACUCGCGCUGUCCGCCCCGCCACUCAACGGCACAAAGAAGCCCCUACACACACACAUCCAUCCAUCCAUCCAUCUGUGUGUGUGUGUGUGUGUGUCAGGACACCUACCUAGCUCCGCUGCGUCUGAGGUAGUCCCACAGCCAGCAUGCGGGCCCCUCGGCGAUCUCCUCCAUGGGGGUGCGGUAGACCGGUGCGCGGGGCGGUGUGGGCGCCACGUAGGCGUCAAGGUGAGUCGGCGGCGACGUCAGCUGGAUGUCCGCAAACACCCGGGGGAAGGCCUGCUUCAAACCGGCAGCCUGCACCGAGCGGGAGCUCACCUGACAGGCACAGACACACCGACACACACAGAUGCAGGUGUCCGUCUGUGUGUGUCGGUGUGGGUGUGGGGUGGGAGUGGGGUACCUACCGCGGCUCUGUAUGAGCGGACUUCGUCGAGGUCGACUCGUGCGGUGAUGACCUCGACGUCGUUGACGGCGAACUGGCUGGCCUGCUGCACUACCUGACCGUUGACGGCGAUGAGGGCACAGCCGUCGUAAUACAGCCGGUUGCCGUCACACCCCUGCACACACAACACACACACAUACUAACUCACACACCAUGUGUGUGUGUGUGUGUGUGUGUAGAUGCGUUCAUUCAGGCCUGCCUGCUGGUUGGCGUAGAGAUACACGCCUCCACUCUUCGAUGUGGCACUGCACACACACACACACACACACACACACACAAGACAAAGACAACGACACCAUCAGCCACACAAACCCAGAUAUCCACCUCGGUACCUGAGAAUGAGGUCGAUCCUGGUGUCGAGUUUCCUGAGCUGGUGGUGGGAGCCGCUGCCGUUGCCAAUGAUCUCCACGCCGUCGAGGAAGAGCGGGAUGUGUGGCGAGUGGGGCGUCCACAGCUCCUCGCAGGUCUCGCUCGCGACACUCGUGUCGCGACAGUCUAUCACACCUAUGCCGAACGGCACCUUCUGCUGACCAGUCACCUAACCACAAUCACACACACAUACACAGAGGGAGAGAGGGAGGGAGAGAGAGAGAGAGACGUCUGUGUCACGCAAUUGUGCCCGUGUGUGUGUGUGUGUGGUGGCACCUACCUGUGCGACAUUGAGAGGGAGGUAGAAGUCUUCGAGGAUGUUGCCCUUCAUCCAAGGGGCGAAGAAGCGGAACUCUCUGUAGUUGCCGUCGUUGGCGAAAAGGAGCUUUGGGCGGAUCAUGAGGAUCUUGCCGUCGAGGCAGAAGAUGCGGCAGUUGUACCGCACCGACUUGUGCAUCACCGGCGCACCGAUGUCGCACAAUAUCCCUUACCAGUGAGAUAGUUGUGGACACACACACACACACAGAGAGAGAGAGAGAGAUGGAUGGGCAGGGAUGUGUAUGUGUGUGUGUGUGUGUGUGUGUGCAUACCGUGUGUGAGGUCCGUUUUGAGUAUGCGCGCCAUGCUCUCCCACGAGUGCUGGAAGGUGUCGUUCUCCAGAAAGUGAUCUUCACACCUGACAUCGCCAUCACACACACACACACAGACACAGGGGUGUGCAUGAUGCCCGCCCGCCCCUCCAUCCCUCCACUCACUGACUGAUUCACUCACCCAUAGCCGCACAGUUCCAACUCGGGCCCGAUGCGCAGCUUGGCACCUAAACAAACACACCCACAUACAAAAGAUACCCAUCGUGUUGCGUGGCCAUGUCUGUGUCUGUCAGUGUGUGUGUGUGUGUGUGUGAGCUACGUACGUCUUUCUUUUGCUCCUCGUAUGGAGGCUUCUGUGCGAAAGAGGUUGCCCUCGAAGUCGAGCGCCCACUGGUUGAGGUUGCAGGUGGCGACGGUGGCGAUGCGCAUGGCGGUGGGUGGCGAUGGGUGCGAUGGAUGCUCGCGGAGGGAGGCCGAUCAGAUCAGCAGCUUGAGGUGCACAAUGGAUGGAUGACGAACGUGCUGAUGUUGGCAGACUGGAUGAUCUAUCUGGUCUUCGCUCUCCUUCGCGACGAGUCGACAGUCAAUUCCUGCUGAAUGGUAUUCUUGGACAGAGAUCUUGUGGGAGCAAGGUAUUCCUGCUUGGAGAUCUGAGUUACAGGGUUUAGGGUUUAGGGUGGGAGAACGGGCAGACCUUUCACCGUCUCCAUCCGUCCAUCAUCACGCCACACAAGAGUCAGUCAGGUCACACACACAAGUAUGAUGCCAUACGAUGGAUCGAUGAGAGAUCAUCACAUCUACCCACCCGCCCCGCCCUCAGCCCCUCUGCAAUCAGUCAGUCGAUCAGUCCAUCCAUCCAUCCAUCCACGGCCAUCCAUAUUACCUGCCUGUUGCUAGGUAAGCAAGAACACCUCUAGACGGACAGCGAGGAAGAGGAAGAGAGUCAGUCAGUCAGUCAGCCGUGCCGAAGCACACACACACACACACACACAGACGUACGCAUGGUGCAGCAAAGAACACUCCACUCACAGCGCGGACACCCACACACAUACACUUACACAUAGGAAGAAAAGACUUCUUUCAUUCACAAUGGAUGGAUGGAUGGAUCGCUCUGCCUGCAUCCGAUGAGCUGCAUACACUUGCCCUUGCUCACUCGUGAACACACGCAUACGCGCCGCGCACGGACGAACACAUGGAUGGACGGGGGGGGGGCAAAGACAGCCACACACACAGACGGACAGCCACACAGACAGACAGACAGACAGCCACACACACAGACGGACAGCCACACAGACAGACAGACAGACAGACAGCCAGGCAGACAGGACAGUCUGGAGUAGCGGGGGUAGAGGCAGGCAAGAUGGGGAAGAGAACACCACCUACUGCACAUAAACACUUUCCUGUCCGUCCGUCCGUCCGUCAGUCUGUCGGCAGCAACUCAGCUCUCCGAAAAAAGGCAGCAGCAGCAGCAGCAUCAUCUCAUUCCCUCCCCUCCCCCUUAGCUGCAGAA